AUGAAGUCCUGUCGCUGGCGAACGUUGUCCCCUCGCCGACAGCCAAACUCGUGCAGAUUGCACCCUACGAGACGCUUGACUUUGACUCUCAUCCGGAAGCACUACCUGUCCGCGACGGUGGAGACGUGGUCCGCCAAGCACCCGUCCUCGUCGCUGGCCACGGGCGUCAAGCGCAGCGAGCACUUUGAGCUCGACUACGCCGAGUUUCUCGACGACGCCCUCGUCGAGGCCUUUGACCUGCGCGAGAGCCUCGAGCGGAACGAGGAAAAGGACGACCCGGCGCAGCGGGACUGGUGGAUCCUGAAGCCCGGCAUGAGCGACCGCGGCCAGGGCAUUCGGCUCUUCAGCACGCAGGACGAGCUGCAGGCCAUCUUUGACGGAUGGGAGGCCGACAGGCCCGACAGCGAUGCCGGCGAAGACCAAGACGAAGACGGAGACGGAGAGGGGGAAGAAGCCGGCGGCGGCGCCCGCGACGGCAGCGGUGACUACAUCACGACAUCGCACCUGCGCCACUUUGUCGCCCAGCCGUACAUCCACCCGCCGCUGCUCCUCAACACGGACAGCCGCAAGUUCCACAUCCGCACGUACGUGCUGGCCGUCGGCUGCCUGUCCGUAUGGGUUGUCGCAAAUGUCGUCGGGGUCGUGGGGUGUUUGUAA